AUGUCCAGUCUUACUGCCAGAAUAUUGGCGCUAGCAGCUUCUACCAGUAGCAAAAACGAUAGGAAAGUUAAUAAUAUUUUAAAUAGUUGUGAUGUUGAAGUAAGUCAAAAUUUAAAUGGUAAAACCAAUCCAGUUUCGGUGUAUCUGAUACUAUGUUUUAAUGAACCUGUUGAUUCUCAUAUUUUUUAUGAUAUUCCCGUGGUGUUUGAGAAUAUUAACAUCACAGACAACACUAUAGAAUACAUGAUAAUCAAUGAUCCUAAUAUAAGAUCAAGCGAUAGUGAGAGAGAUAAGAUUGAACAGUUGGAAGAAUUAUUUCCCCUCCAGAGGAAAAACAAAACUGAGGUUUAUAAUUUAUAUAAAGAGCACUGCGAACUGCAACAAAGUCAGCCUCUUUCAAUUUGCAGCUUCAUGGAUGCAUUGAGCGAAAUGAAUAUCUCUAUUCAUCAACCAAAAAAAGAUCAAUGUGAUCUUUGCUGUGCUUACAAGGUGGGAAAUGUUACAGAAGAGCAAUACAAAAACCAUAUAGAAAAAAAAGAACAGGCCAGGAAAGAGAAGAGCAAAGAUAAAGAAGCCGCCAAAAGGAAAGAAUGUUAUGUGUUCACAACGGACGUGCAGGCAGUGAAACUUUGCCCAAUGCUCUAUGCCAGCAAGCUAUAUGUCAGAAGCAAGCUUCAAAUUCAUAAUUUUUCAAUUUAUAACUUAACCACUCAUCACUGUGCAAACUAUUGCUGGAAUAAAACAGAAUGUGAACUUGUUUCUUCAAUUUUUACCACCUGUAUAAUAAAACAUCUAGAGAAAUUUUGCACCGACAAAAUAAAGACAAUAAUUCUUUAUUCCGACGGGUGUGGCUAUCAGAAUAUGAAUGCUGUUCUAGCCAAUGCACUUCUGAAUUUGGCAAUGGAGCAAGGUGUGACCAUUUUCCAAGUUUCUGGAAAAGGGACACACCCAGGUGGAGGUGGACCCCGCGCACGCAUUGAUUGA